AUGGCAAACAUUGACAGCAUUAUAAAAAGCAGAGGCAUCACCCUAAGUUAUGAAAAUAAAACUAUUCUUAGGUAUGACAAUGUAGGUGGACAGGAGCCUGUAACUCUGAUUUGUAGAGCAGACGGUAACCCAGAAGCCGAUGUUACUUGGUACAAGGAAAAUAAUAUUGUCAACAGGAGUAAAUCAUCAUCAACUCUGCAUAUUACUAUAAUGAGUCCUACCACCUACGCUUGUUUAGCAUGGAAUGAGCUGGGAACGGACCUACAACACCUACAACACGUGGUUUCCUUGCAGGAAACCACAGUUCGAGAAGUGCUCAUUGGGGUAGCCUGUGGAGUCACCAUCAGCUUUAUUACUGUUGUUAUAAUCUUCAUAUUCUGGUCAAGGUGCCAGCCAGCAUUGAAGCCAGAUCUUAACCAUCCCGGAGAAUUUCAUUCAUCUCAAGACAUUCCACCAGAUGACAGCCAACUGUAUGCACAAGUUCAGAAACCAAGAUUACAAGUCAGUGCAGCUGAAAAUCCACAGUCCUCAAAUUUAAAUGAUGUCAACUACGCAUCAAUCAAGUUUUCCAAAGCGGUGGCCAAAGGCACACCAAAGCAACCUGAAACUGAAUACACGGAGAUUAAGCAUAGUUCAUAUUAG